UGCGUGGCGGGGGCGUGCACGGAUUUGCGGGAGCGCGCACUGGGAGGUGUGAGGUAUUCGGCCAGGCGGCGGUGGCGGAGAUUGUGGCGGAUAAUUGUGUUGGGAGAACGGAGAGGAUUUGUCGGUGUUCCUGUAUGAGUGUCGGAUAUGGAGGCCAGGAGAAGCGGGUCUAAGAAAACAUGCUUCAGUUUGACACUACUUUGGAAUUGAUGAAUUGGAAAUACGGGUAGACUCACUGCUGAGCUUUCAGUUCACUUCAGGCUUCUGCUGAUAUCACAGGAACAAAUUUAACCAAAGAAGAUCUCUUUAUUUGUGAAAAUAUUCUGCAUAGCUCCAAACACUAGAAUUCUUUCUUGGAAAAAUGCUGCCAAUAAAAAAGAUGACCGUGAUAAAGCAUGUGUUUGCUGCUUUGUUUGGGUCCUUUCUUCUUGGAGUUCAUAUUCAAGGUCAGAAUUUGGACAUUUUUCCACAUAGGACUGGAACAAAAUCAAACUCGGACCUAAAGAAGCUGGAAAAUGGGGUGACAUUAGCUCCAGAAGACACACUACCCUUCCUAAAUUGUUACUGCUUUGGUUACUGUCCUGAAGAUGCGACAAAUAACACUUGCAUUACAAAUGGACAUUGCUUUGCAAUAAUUGAGGAAGAUGAACAUGGAGAAACUGCAACAACGUCUGGUUGUAUGAAGCUUGAAGGCUCAGACUUUCAAUGCAAGGAUUCUCCAAAAGCACAGUUACGGAGAACAAUUGAAUGUUGCCGAACUGACUUCUGUAAUAAGGAUUUGCGACCAACAUUGCCCCCAGAUGGGAGGACAGAAGGAAUAUUUGGCAGAAGUGCACACCUCAUCGCUUUUAUAAUAUCCUUUGUAGUCUGCUUGUUUAUCAUGGUUAUCUUCAUCUUUAUCACUUGCUUCUACAAGAAUAAGCUGGCAUCUCAGAGAAUGCGCUAUAACAGGGAUCUGGAGCAGGAUGAAGCUUUCAUACCAGCUGGAGAAUCACUGAAAGCUCUCAUUGACCUUUCACAAAGUUCUGGCAGUGGGUCAGGGCUUCCUCUCUUGGUCCAGAGAACCAUUGCUAAGCAGAUCCAGAUGGUGAGACAGAUUGGAAAAGGAAGAUAUGGAGAGGUUUGGAUGGGAAAAUGGAGAGGUGAAAAGGUAGCCGUCAAAGUAUUUUUCACCGCCGAGGAAGCCAGCUGGUUCAGAGAGACUGAAAUUUACCAAACUGUGUUAAUGCGGCAUGAGAAUAUUCUUGGUUUCGUAGCUGCUGAUAUUAAAGGGACAGGCUCCUGGACACAAAUGUAUCUGAUAACAGAAUAUCACGAGAAUGGAUCUUUGUAUGAUUUUCUCAAGUGUGCUACUCUGGAUACAAGAUCUCUCCUCAAGCUGGCUUACUCUGCUGCCUGUGGCUUGUGUCAUCUACACACAGAGAUAUAUGGUACUCAGGGAAAACCAGCAAUCGCCCACAGAGAUCUGAAAAGCAAAAACAUCCUUAUCAAGGAAAACUGGACAUGCUGCAUUGCUGACCUGGGACUAGCAGUCAAAUUUAACAGUGACACCCAUGAAGUGGAUAUUCCCUUGAACACACGUGUAGGCACAAAACGCUACAUGGCGCCUGAAGUUCUGGAUGAAAGUUUGAAUAAGAACCACUUCCAAGCAUACAUAAUGGCGGACAUAUAUAGCUUUAGCUUAAUCAUUUGGGAAAUGACCCGCCGCUGCAUCACUGGUGGUAUUGUUGAAGAGUAUCAGUUGCCAUAUUAUGAUAUGGUGCCAAGCGAUCCAUCCUUUGAAGAUAUGCGAGAAGUUGUGUGCAUAAAGUGUUUACGUCCCUCAGUGUCCAAUAGGUGGAACAGUGAUGAGUGCUUGAGGGCAAUCUUGAAAUUAAUGGCCGAGUGUUGGGCCACAAAUCCUGCUUCCCGUCUAACAGCUCUACGAAUCAAAAAGACACUUGCGAAGAUGGUAGAGGCUCAAGAUGUAAAGAUUUGACAAUGCGAAUGUUGGCUCCAGCAUUAAGACUCUGAAUAGAGGGAGCAGGGUGUGUGCAGGGGUGGUAACUUUCCCUGUGACACUCUGCAGGCUGCUAAAUAAUGACUCAAUUCAGUACUGUGUAAAUGGUGCAGAGCGCAUCUUCUCUUCAUUGGGAGCUUCAGUGUACAUCAGAACAGAAAUAUUUUUUCUUUUUAUAUUUUAUCAAGACUUUUAUCGCAGUAUAAUGGGUAAUGAAUUGCAUGUUCAGAUUAUUUUGCUUUCUGUGAAAGCAGCAUCCAUAUAAAAUCCAUACUUAUCUUUUUUUUUUUUUUUUCUUUUUUUUUGUUCUUCAAAAGAAACAUGUUAUUGCAUUGCCUUUAUAAUGUUUAUAUGGAAACCAAGAAUCCUUCUGUGCCGGAUAUCAUUUUUUGCCAUGUUUUAAGCUAUCACAUUUUUUAAAACCUUUAUGUACCCAUUAAAAUGUCAAGUCAAGAGCAAGUGUUCUUCAUCAAAGAGAACUAAACCGCAGGGAUAUUUUCUGGGAAUUUUCUACAAUAUGGACGGUUAUUUUUAUUCCUUCAGUACCAGCCUAAUGUUCAAUUCCUAAUGUACAAUGGACUGCUUGUAUGAGCUGGGGUGGAAAGUUUAAAGCCUUGAAAUACCUGAAGUGUUUAAAAAAUUGUCAGUUUUCUGCUGCUAUUGUCAGAAUAUAAACAGUCUAUUCUGUAACAUGUAACAUUACGUGCUCAUUCAUACUAUGGGUUGCACUGACGCACGUUUUCAUGCAUUGAGGCAUGCUGCAUUAUGAAAUCCCAUUCGCUUUGAAUAUGCUGGCAGAGCACCUCAAUGCAAGAAAGUACAUACCUGCUCCAUUUUUACUUUUAAAUGGUGCACCAGAACGAAAGUAUAAUUCACAACCGUGUGCUACUGCAACUCACAGAUCAGAAUGGGCACUAAAGGAUUUUUUUAAAUGGUAAUUCAAUUGUGAGGUGUCCUUUUGAGCCUCUUUGUGCCUUUUAUUGCUUUCUGUGUCCCUGCCGGGAAAGUGUAGUACUCCAUAUUACCAUUGCACACAUUGUUGGAAAAGGUUUAAAGGAUGUGGGUGCUGCAGCAACCACUAGCUGGAAACUGGUAUGGAAAGUCACAAUGAAGAUAUUUGCCAGCACACCAUGUAGGGUCCAAACAGAUUAUUAUUAUUUUUUAUUGAAGCUCGAUCACAUCACAUAUCUGCACUUACCUGGUAUAUGUUGUUGAUCAUGCUUCAAUAAAAAAAAAUCUGUUUGGAUGCUACUUGUUGAUGCAUGGUGUGCUGGCAUAUAUACUCAUCCUGCUGGGAAGAUUUUGCUUCACUUCCUGUCCUGGUGAUGACUGAAACAAGAAGUGCGAGUCUCCCUAAUGCAGACACCACCCACAUUAAAAAGCGAACAGAGAUUCUAACCUUACGUUAUUUUUUUCUUUGUUUUUAUUGCUUUCGGAUUCCCCACUGGAGAGAUGUCUUGUCUUAGUGACCACCAUCACUGAGACAAGAACUGAGAAUAAAUCUCCUCAGUGAUAAUAACAGACCUCAAUAAAAGCAGAGGGUCUAGCCAUGACAUUUCUUUUUUUCGCAACUAAACAGUUUAAGCUGAAGUAUUUUACAAACUGAAAUUAUUUGAUUUUGUGCCAAUAACACUACUUUUUUUUAAGCCAAA